CCAUCUAGUGCGCGAAGCUUAUAUCCAGCCCUGACAUUGCGAAGAUGGAGGCUGUUAUGGUCUGAACCAGGAAACAUAGAAAGCACCAACUGCGGGUAUCAGAGAUCUGUUAUGACAACAUAUCCAGCUGGUUCAGGUGGAGGCAGGAGGUGUGAGUAGACUGCACUAGACACCGGCAGCAUGUACUCUGAGUGGCGCUCGCUGCAGCUGGUGGUGCAGAGCGACCAGGGUCACCUCAGUGUUCUGCACACCUAUCCUACCAGUGUGGGUACUGAGGUGGCAAAUGCUGUGGUCAAGCCUCUGGGCACAGCUGUAAGCCCUGUCGCCACAGAGAACAUCCUCAAGACCGACAAGGAGGUGAAAUGGACCAUGGAAGUGUUGUGUUACGGUCUCACCCUCCCCUUAGAGGGGGACACGGUCAAGCUGUGUGUGGAUGUGUACACAGACUGGAUGAUGGCCCUGGUGUCCCCCAGAGACUCCAUGCCUCAGCCUGUGGUCAAAGAGCCCAAUAUGUACGUCCAGACCAUCCUCAAACAUCUCUACAAUGUCUUUGUACCCAGACCUGAACAGCACAGCCUGAACCACAUCAGACUUUGCCAGCAGGUUUUGACUGCAGUCCAGAAAUUGGCAAGAGAGUCUGUAUCUAUGGUGAGGGAAACCUGGGAGGUGCUGCUUCUCUUCCUGCUGCGCAUCAAUGACACAUUACUUGCACCUCCCACAGUUGGAGUUGGGGUGGCAGAAAAGCUAGCUGAAAAGCUGAUGGCAGUGCUGUUUGAGGUGUGGUUGCUGGCGUGUGCUCGCUGCUUUCCCACGCCACCAUACUGGAAGACAGCAAGGGAGAUGCUGGCCAACUGGAGACACCACCCACCUGUUGUAGAGCAGUGGAGCAGAGUGGCCUGUGCUCUGACAUCCAGGCUUUUGCGCUUCACCCAUGGACCGUCCUUCCCACCUUUUAAAGUUCCUGAUGAAGAUGCCAACCUGAUUCCUUUAGAGAUGGACAAUGACUGUGUUGCACAGACGUGGUACCGCUUCCUCCACAUGCUCAGCAAUCCAGUGGACCUGAGCAACCCUGCGGUUGUCAGCACCACUCCAAAGUUUCAGGAACAGUUUCUGAACUCCAGCGGCAUUCCUCAUGAAGUUGUGCUGCACCCGUGUUUGAAGCAGCUACCCCAGAUCUUUUUCAGGGCAAUGAGAGGUGUCAGCUGCCUUGUGGAUGCCUUCUUAGGUAUAUCCCGACCUAGAGCUGACAGUGCCCCACCCACUCCAGUCAACAGAAUGAGCAUGUCCCCGCCCCCCUCCAUCACCAACACCACGCCCCCUCACAGCCGCAAGCCACGGCAUACAGUGGUCACCAAAACAACAAGCAAAAGUUCAACUGGCAGUGGGAGUCAACCAACCAAAGCAUCCCAGCAGCAACAGCAGCAGCAGCAGACUUCGUCCUCCCCGACCCUGCUCUCCAGCCCCAAUCAGAGCAGCUGGGAGUCUCGACCCCUGCCGGCCCCAGCACGGCCCAAGGUCAACAGCAUCCUCAACUUAUUUGGCCAGUGGCUUUUCGACGCUGCUCUGGUCCACUGUAAGCUCCACAGCGGCCUCAGCCGAGACCCCAGCAUGACCGCGAUAGCCACUCAAGUAGGCCUGGAGCUGAGAAGAAAGGGCUCACAGAUGUCCACAGACUCCAUGGUUUCCAAUCCCAUGUUUGAUGCCAACGAGUUCCCAGAGAGCUAUGAGGCAGGACGAGCCGAGGCCUGUGGGACGCUGUGUCGCAUCUUCUGUAGCAAGAAAACUGGAGAGGAGAUACUUCCUGUUUACCUGUCGAGAUUCUACAUGGUCCUUAUUCAAGGCCUUCAGAUCUCUGACUUCAUCUGUAGACCAGUACUGGCUUCUAUUAUUCUCAACUCUUCCUCGCUUUUCUGUACGGACCUGAAGGGCAUCAACGUUGUGGUGCCCUACUUCAUCGCUGCCCUGGAGACUAUUGUACCAGACAGGGAGCUAUCCAAAUUCAAGAUGUAUGUAAAUCCUACUGACCUGAGGAGAGCCUCCAUCAACAUCCUGCUUGCUAUGCUGCCUUUGCCUCACCACUUUGGCAACAUUAAGUCAGAGGUCCUGUUGGAAGGAAAGUUCAAUGAGGAGGACGGGUGGCCUCAUGACCAGCCCGUAUCUUUCCUGUCCUUGCGGCUGCGUCUCGUAAAUGUCCUUAUAGGAGCACUCCAGACGGAGACUGACCCAACAAACACACAGCUCAUCCUGGGCGCGAUGCUCAAUAUUGUUCAAGACUCAGCACUUCUGGAGUCCAUAGGUGCACAGACAGAAACGGGGAGUAUAGAUGGGAGCCACAUAACCACAAGGAAUCAAACUCACAGCCGCACCAAUAGCGGCAUUAGUUUUAACAGCGGGGGCAGCACAGAGGCCACUAGCCCAGACUGUGAGCGUCCUGCACAGGCCCUUCUACGGGACUACGCUCUUCCAGAUACGGCGGCAGGUCUGCUGGUUCGCAGCAUCCACCUCGUCACACAGAGACUCAACUCUCAGUGGAGGCAGGACAUGAGCAUUUCACUGGCUGCACUGGAGCUGCUGGCUGGUCUCGCUAAGGUAAAGGUGGGAGUAGACUCUGCAGACCGUAAGCGUGCUGUCAGCUCUAUAUGUGGGUACAUUGUGUACCAGUGUAGCCGUCCAGCUCCUCUCCAAUCCAGAGACCUCCACUCCAUGAUUGUAGCUGCCUUCCAGUUUCUGUGCGUGUGGCUCACAGAGCAUCCCGACAUGCUGGAUGAGAAGGACUGUUUAGUUGAGGUUUUGGAGAUUGUGGAGCUUGGAAUCUCCGGCUCAAAGUCUCGACAGGAACAGGAAGUCCGGCAUAAAGGAGAGAAGGAGCACAACCCAGCUUCAAUGAGGGUGAAGGACGCUGCUGAGGCCACUUUAUCUUGUAUCAUGCAGGUGUUGGGGGCUUUUCCUUCCCCCAGCGGUCCUGCCUCCACCUGCAGCCUACUGAAUGAAGACACCCUGAUUCGCUAUGCCAGACUCAGUGCUACAGGGGCCAGCAACUUCCGCUACUUUGUCCUGGACAACUCAGUCAUCCUCGCCAUGCUGGAGCAACCUCUCGGCAAUGAACAGAACCCCAGUCCCUCAGUGACAGUGUUGAUCCGAGGGACGGCUGGCAGACAUGCCUGGACCAUGCAGCUCUUCCACCAACCCAGAGGGGCUCGGGCCAAUCAGAGGCAGGUGUUUGUCCCAGAGGGCCGUCCAACACCGAACAACGAUGUGGGGAUCAAAUAUAACGUCAAACAGCGGCCCUUCCCCGAGGAGGUGGAUAAGAUUCCUUUGGUCAAAGCUGAUGUCAGCAUCCCUGACUUGGAUGACAUUGUCAGUAAAGAGGUGUGUUGUAUGGGCUGGCAGGAUGACUCAAGCACUUCAAAUACAUCGCUGAGUAAUAACCCACACCUGGAACUGCAGCACGACAAGCUUCGUAUUCUGAUGACCAAGCAGAUAGAGUAUGAGAAUGCUUUAGAGCGUCACAGCGACGAAAUUUGGAAGUCAAAGCAAUUCCCCGACCCACAGACGGACUGCAAACCUCCUCCACCCGCACAGGAGUUCCAGACAGCACGCCUCUUCCUCUCCCACUUUGGUUUUCUGUCUCUGGAGGCACUCAAGGAGCCCAACAACAGUCGUCUACCUCCUCAUCUGAUCGGUCUGGAGUCGUCCUUACCGGGCUUUUUUGAUGACAUUAGCUACCUUGACCUACUCCCCUGCAGACCAUUUGAUACUGUCUUUAUUUUCUACGUAAGGGCGGGACAGAAAAGCAGCCCUGAGAUCCUGAGGAAUGUGGAGUCAUCGUCCAGCGUCCAGCCUCACUUUUUGGAGUUCCUGAUGUCCUUGGGCUGGCCUGUGGACGUGGGACGACACCCAGGGUGGACUGGACACCUCGAUACCAGCUGGUCCCUCAACUCCUGCUCUGACAGCAAUGAUAUGCAACAAACAGAAGAAGCAGCCACUCCCGAAGACACAGGAGGCUCAGUGUUCAACGGGGAGAAGAAAGUUUUGUACUAUGCUGAUGCUCUGACAGAGAUCGCCUUUGUGGUUCCGUCUUUAACAGAAAACUCUGAAGAGUCAUCGGUGCACAGCGACUCCACAGUGGAGGCUGACACAAACACAGACCUCAUGCCUGGCUUACUCAAACAACCUAAUCUCACACUGGAGCUCUUCCCCAACCAUUCUGAAAACCUGGAGUCUGCCAAAAAGCUGAGUCCUUUGGUGAAGACAAAAAGGUCAUCAACUGGAAAAUCGUUCCCUCCUCUGGGUCCUGAGACGAAGGUGUUUGUGGUCUGGGUGGAGCGCUUUGAUGACAUCGAGAACUUCCCCUUGACUGAUCUCUUGGCUGAAACCAGCACGGGUUUGGAGGCGAGUAUGAGCAACAGCACUUCCUGCAGGUCAGGGCUUUUAGAGAAAGACGUACCAUUGAUCUUCAUCCACCCUCUGAAGACAGGACUCUUCAGGAUCCGGCUGCAUGGAGCUGUGGGUAAAUUUGGCAUGGUGAUUCCCCUGGUGGACGGCAUGGUGGUCAGCCGCAGAGCACUAGGGUUUCUCGUUCGCCAAACUGUCAUCAACGUGUGCCGACGGAAGCGUCUGGAAAGUGACUUGUACAACCCACCUCAUGUGAGGCGGAAGCAGAAAAUAACUGAGAUUGUCCAACGUUACCGCAACAAGCAGCUGGAGCCUGAGUUUUACACCUCGCUCUUCCACGAGGUGGGGGAGGGAAAGCCUCACCUCUAACCCGCCUGUCCUGUCCUAACACUGGCUCACAAACACACACAGCUACACAACAUGCUGUCAUCACAUCAUCAAGCACCAUUAACAACUUCACAUACACAACACGCACACAUACAUGUACACAAACACAGAAUCUUUAUAUUUAUACUGUACUUUUUUGUUAUUUAUACAAAUAUCAACACUGUCUGCCUUUGACUCCGAGAGCAAAGUGUCAAAAACCAUGCCAAGGUGGAAGAAGCUACAUUUGUAUGUCGCAGCUGCUCAUCAAAGGUUUGAAUGGCUGCAGCUCAACAGUGACUGUCUGCAUCUAGCUUCACGCUUCGUGGCAAAAAGACUUUCUGCUUGUCAUUAACUGCAAUACAAUAGUAACACUGUUGGCCUUUCUGAAAUUGUAAAAAUGUUUGUCCUUUAAACCCUGUGAAACAAGUCGAUUUCAUGAUGGUUUGGUAAUACAGAGCUGUGUCAUAAAUCCUUCUUCGCUCAUCUGUUUUUGUUUCGCUUUAACAGAUUUCUGUUGGAUUUUUGCCAAGGAGAUGAUAAAUGUUUUUUUCUUAAACGUACAGUGCUGCUGCAUCAAAGCAGGAGGCUUCAAGAGAACAGAAGUGACUGAAAGCCUACAGUGUCAUUUCACUACAAAUUCAUCUCCAUGCAGACACUUGCUAAAGUCUUCCUAGUGCAAACCAUCACAGCAUCUGACUGAGCACUCAAAUAUUGCUGUUUGUAUGUUAUUUUUUUAUUUUUAAUAUGAUUUAUAGGACUUCUGUUGUAUUUCAACGGUAUUUUUUGACAUCAGCGUUGCCUCUGUGCCAGUCUGGAAGUCAUCCCAUCUCACAUCAGCCACUGCACUUUGUUUAUAUGCGUGUAUGUUUAUGUGUGUGGCCAUAUUUAAGCUUUUUCUCCAGUCAAAUACACUACAAGGAGUCACAGGGACCCCCCGUUAAUGGCAUUUAAAGAGGAAUUCUGCCACUCUUAAAGGUAAUUCAGCUCUGCAAACUUGAUCUGUUUACUCUCUAACCUUGGGAAUAUUUACUGAUGAUGUUAAAGAGUGCCAUGAUGUUUGCAUAUGUCAUGUUUGCAAACCGAGCUACAGCACAGUUGAAGUACCUUGCUCCUCCAGAUAAACCUAAAGAGUGAAUUAAAGCACCAGAAGACUCAGUGUGGCUAACAGCUUUGUAUGACUUGUAUUUUGGCUGAUCAGAGCUCUAACUUUUUUAUCCAAAACCCCAAAAGAGACAUGCAUUUUUGCCUUUACGCACAUUUUAUUACUUUACUCUUUACCCCCUCACAUUUUGUUUGACUUUUGUUUACUCACUGUACUUUGGUUUUGAUUCAAGCCCUCUCACUGUCUGCCUGUAACAAUGUGAAUUUAUUUAUCACAGAGAUGGAACAGGGCAUACACCUCUCUAGUUUCUUUGUUAUAUCGCAAAGUCUUAAUGCACUGAGCACAUUUUAUGUUUAUUUUCUAUCCCCUUGGGUUACCUUACAUGUCUUUUUGUACUUUUGUGCAUUUUGAAAGAAAAAACCCUGCUGAAGGAAGAGUUUUAUCUUGUGAAAUAUGAAUGAAGAAGAGGCGUUGUGGAGUUUUUAACCUAUCAUGUCUAACUGUGUGACUCACUUUUUACAAGCGUGCUUUAUGCACAUGCCUUUUUUGGAAGGAAAAAAAAAAGUACAUUAAAUAUGCUUCAACAUACAAUCAGUCAUACAUUGAAUCCUAUGUUACUCCUCUGAUGUUUGAUCAUAUUUAAGGACUUGCCAUGUACAGAAGCAGAGGAUGAUAUGUAAAUAUAUGAUAGUGUAAGGCAUUUACAAGUUGUCUGUUGCAUUCCUCAUCGGAGACGGCCAGAAAAGAUAAUGUAUGUAUGCAAUUAUGUGUGUGAGGAUCACAAUGGGUAUUGAAUGUAACAUGCAUCAAUUAAAACUAUUAUUGACAUUUUAA